AUGGUCUUGCCUCUUCUGGUAGUAUCCUCACUCAGUGGAGGUCGGGCCGGCAGAGAGGGAAGGAAGAGUGAGGUGUUUCCAGACUCAGAGUGCUCCUCCCUGUCUGGACAGGCCCACUCUGUGCAGGCGCAGUCCCAGAGAGUUCCGGGGGUGAUGGGGACUUUGGGCAGGAGUAGGACAGGAGCAGAGGAACAUGAUGAGUGUGUCACAAAUCAACACAACUGUGACGAAAAUGCUUUAUGCUUUAACACUGUUGGAGGACACAACUGCGUCUGCAAGCCGGGCUACACUGGGAACGGAACAAUAUGCAAAGCUUUCUGUAAAGAUGGCUGUAGAAAUGGAGGUGCCUGCAUCGCUGCCAACGUGUGUGCAUGCCCACAAGGCUUCACUGGACCCAGCUGUGAGACAGACAUCGAUGAGUGCUCUGAUGGCUUUGUUCAGUGUGACAGCCGUGCCAACUGCAUUAACCUGCCUGGAUGGUACCACUGUGAGUGCAGAGAUGGUUACCAUGACAAUGGGAUGUUUGCACCAGGUGGAGAAUCUUGUGAAGAUAUUGACGAAUGUGGAACUGGAAGACACAGCUGUGCCAAUGACACCAUUUGCUUCAACUUGGAUGGUGGCUAUGACUGCCGUUGUCCCCACGGGAAGAACUGCACAGGGGAUUGUGUGCAUGAUGGAAAGGUCAAACACAACGGCCAGAUCUGGGUGCUGGAAAAUGACCGGUGCUCUGUGUGCUCCUGCCAGACUGGAUUUGUUAUGUGUCGACGAAUGGUCUGUGACUGUGAGAACCCCACAGUUGACCUUUCCUGUUGUCCUGAGUGUGACCCAAGGUUGAGCAGUCAGUGCCUGCAUCAAAACGGGGAAACCAUGUACAACAGUGGUGACACCUGGGUCCAGGAUUGCCGGCAGUGCCGCUGCUUGCAAGGAGAAGUUGACUGCUGGCCCCUGCCUUGCCCAGAGGUAGAGUGUGAAUUUAGUAUCCUUCCAGAGAACGAGUGCUGCCCACGUUGUGUCACGGAUCCUUGCCAGGCCGACACCAUCCGCAACGACAUCACCAAAACUUGCCUGGAUGAGAUGAAUGUGGUUCGCUUCACUGGGUCUUCCUGGAUCAAGCAUGGCACAGAGUGUACUCUCUGCCAGUGCAAGAAUGGCCAUGUCUGCUGCUCAGUGGAUCCGCAGUGCCUUCAGGAGCUGUGA